AUGUCAAAUGAAUUUUACCCAGUGUGUAUAGCCCAAGAAAUGGCUUCUCGGGUAGCUGCAAAAGUGACUCGCAAAACAAAGGCAGUGGCUGAUUCUAUAGUUCAUCCACCAUUUCUAAAAUUAAUUAUACCAGCACAGCAAGCCCGACCAGCACCACCUUUAGGACCACAGCUAGGUAAACGAAACGUGAACAUCGCUCAUUUCUGUAAAGAUUUCAAUGAAAGAACGAAAGAUGUUGUAGAGGGAACUCCAAUGCCGUGUUUUAUAUCUGUCAAGGCCGAUCGAUCAUACGACUUAGUCAUCAGUCAUCCAUCAUCUAUGCAUUUGCUAAGAAUGGCUGCAGCAGCUAAGAAAGGUGCUUCCUCUCCAGGUACUGAAGUGUGUGGACGUCUUUCUCUUAAACAUAUCUAUCACAUUGCUGAGCUCAAAAAACAAGAUCCACAUUUAUUUACAGCGGAUUUGCAAGAUAUUUGUAAAAUGUUAAUUGGUACAGCACAUCGUUUGGGUAUUGAGAUUGUAACACAAGAUGACAUCGAAUCUGGAAAAGUUGACUACACACCCAGUGGAUAUGCGAAUUUCCUCCAAGAUCGUGAAGCAUAUCUCAAACAGAAAAAACUAGAGACAGAAACUGCCAAACAAAGCAAAAUGAUGAGAUUGUAAAUCAAUAUCUUGUAUGCAGUAGAAGUAUAGCUUUCCCAACAUUUAGCAGUAUUUUUUAUUGUUAUAAAUUUGUAAAGUCGGCUUAAUAAUGAAAGCAUUUGGUUUUCAACCAACUGAUCGUAGACUACAUAUCCAUUGUUUCUAAUUGUUUGGUCAGUGAGAUUACACUACUAACCCUCAUACACACAAUCCAGCCCAAAG